GCCUCGUUCCCGGAGGCGGAGAGCGGAGAGAAGGGGGAGUUUCUUCGGCCGGCUGGCGUGACCGCCCCGGAACAGAUUUGAUCCUGAAAGCCUAGAAAUGAAGCAAUUGGCAGCAGAAACUAUCCGGCUGGUUUCGAGUUCACAGGUGAUAACAUCGGUUGUCAGUGUGGUUAAAGAACUAUUAGAGAACUCUUUGGAUGCUAAUGCAACAAAUGUUGAUGUUAAAUUGGAAAACUAUGGUUUUGAUAAGAUUGAAAUUCGAGAUAACGGUGAUGGGAUCAAGGCAGCUGAUGUUCCUGUUGCAGCCGUGAAACACUACACUUCAAAAAUAAGCUCAUCUGAGGACCUUGAAAACUUGGCAACAUACGGUUUCCGUGGUGAAGCUUUGGGUUCAAUUUGUAGCAUGUCUGAGGUCCUGAUUACAACAAAGACCGCUUCUGACGAUUUCAGCACCCAGUACCUGUUGGAUAGAAGCGGUCACGUGACUUCUCAAAAGCCGUCUCAUCUCGGACAAGGUACAACUGUAACUGUUCUGAAGCUGUUCAAGAAUCUGCCUGUGAGAAAGCAGUUUUACUCAACAGAUAAAAAACGUAAGGAAGAAAUUAAAAAAAUCCAGAAACUUCUGAUGGCAUACGGCAUCAUAAAACCAGAACUGAGGAUCACAUUUACACACAACAAGACAGUUAUGUGGCAGAAGACCAGGGUAUCCGAUCACAAAAUGGCUUUCAUGGCAGUAGUGGGAACUGCCGUUAUGAGCGGCAUGGUACCUUUUCAACACCAUAGUGAAGAUCCUGAGGUGUUUCUCAGCGGCUUUCUUCCAAAGCCCAGCUCAGAUGGUUGUUUGACAAGUCAUUCAAGUACAGAAAGGAGCUUCAUCUUUGUAAACAAUCGACCAGUGCAUCAGAAGGAAAUUCUAAAGCUGGUUCAACAAUACUAUAACAUGAAGUCACACAAAGAUUCUAAUCGUUCACACCCUGCUUUCUUUAUCAACAUUGCUGUUCCUCCAUCUGCUGUGGAUGUCAAUUUAACACCAGAUAAAUCUCAGGUUUUUCUGCAUAAUAAGGAGUCUGUCUGUCUUGCUGUUGAAAAUGUCUUGACCUCAGUCUAUGGGCCUCUACCUGGGACUGCUUCUUGUGAAACUGAUUCGUCAGGUGCUACUUCAGGAGACAUCUUUGUUAAUGAAGCAGAACAAAUGAAUGUGUCUCUAAAUGAAGUUGAACCCAGGAACAUUGAUCCGCAUGCACGCACUAAAUUGGUUUCAUUUAGUAAUGCACAAAAUGGUGGAACGGAAAAAACCACAGAGGUUUGCUUGGAGAAUCAAAUGUUGGAUAAAAAUUCAACUGUAGGAUUUUCUACCAAAAAUGAACUAUCUGGCUGCAGGACAGCUGUGCCUGAUAGAUUUUUGUGUGAGCACCAACAGAAUAAGUCUAAGGUAAUAUUUAACCUAGAUGGCAAUCCCUUAAUGGACACAAAUUCUAAAAAUGACCUUCAUGAUGAUGAUUUGAGAAAUGACCAUUUCCAGGAAGCAAUAGAGAGGACCACAACCCUAAAAGAUUAUUCUCAAGUAACUGCUGAUAAAUGGAGUUUUGGGAGUGCAUUUAAGAAUACCAGAGGAGAGAACAUUGAACCUGUUCGGAUUUUGAUUCCUGAAAUGGAACGUGCAAGGCCUCAAGAGAGAAGAAAUGAUGAUGGCCAACAAACAUUUCAAGAGGGAAGUAGCAUUCAAAGUCUGAAGAAAACAAAUGUGGUAAAUGAUAAACUGGGACAGAUUACAGCCUACGACAUAAUAAAAAAUCGGAUAAUAAAGAAAGCCAUGUCAGCAUUUGACAUUUUUACUCAAGACCAUCGCCCAGGAUUGUUAGCUGAAAAUACCAAAGUGAGCAUGGAAGGACUAAUGCUGAAAUUGGAAGAAAUGUGGGAAACACUGAACGAAGAAGAGAAAAAGAAAUAUGAAGAAAAGGCUGAAAGAGACUUGGAGCGAUACAACAAGCAGAGCAGAAAAGCUGCAGAUCAAAGUAUACAAAGAUCAACGAGAGAAAGAGAGAGAAAACAUAAGUCCAAACUUAAAGACUGUCUAAUUAAUCAGCAGAAACUUGAUAAACUAUUUCAGUCUCAAAUGGAGGAGAAACCAAAUAGUUGCAAAGCAAUAAAAAUUGUUCAAGUGCCCUUCUCUGUGGAUUCAUUCAGACAUAAACUUCAUGUGCUUAAACAGAAAGAGCCUGUUAAGGAUGACCCUUGCCUAAUUCGUCUGCCGAAUUUUCCUGAUGCGUGGAUAAUUGCCUCUGAGAAAAAGAUAAUGAUGUUGAAUCCGUACAGAGUAGAAGAAGCCCUUCUGUUUAAAAAACUGCUUGAAAACCAUAAACUUCCUAUACAGAAACUGGACAACCCGAUUAUAUUAACUGAUAGUCUUUUUAGUGACUCGCGUUAUAAAGAAGUUCUUUGCAAUAUGCCCAAGGAAAGCAUAAGAUUUGAUGGGUCAUCCUACUUGUCGGAUACAAGACUUACAGCAAACGGAUUUAAGAUAAAGAUAACGCCAGCUAUGGAAAAUCAGCUGGAAAUAGAAGGAAUGGCAAACUGUCUGCCGUACUAUGGGAUACCUGAUCUGAAAGAAAUUCUGAGUGCUGUGGUAGAUUGUAAUGCAAAAGAAGUUCAUGAGUGUCGACCUCUUAAAGUCAUGAACUACCUGGAAGGAGAAGCAGUAAGACUGUGUCGGCAGCUACCUUUGUAUAUAUCCAAGGAAGAUGUACAAGACACCAUCCACAAAAUGGACACACAACUUGGAAAUCAACAUAAAGGCUGUGUUCAUGGUCGUCCAUUUCUUCAUUAUUUAACAGAUAUUCCAGAGUAACUAGCAAGGAAAAACCUCACCCUACAGUCACAUUUCACACGAUUACAAACAAAACUCUCCUUUUUUUGCAUAAUUUAUUAAGAAAUCAUUUGUAACUGCCUUGUGUUUUGAUCUCUGUGAAGUGGGAGAUUGCUUUUUUUUAAAAAAUGAACAUGAGCAUUGAAUUAAUGGUAUUGAAAUGUGUUUUGGAAUAUUUCAUUUUUUCUAAGAAAAUAUACUGAAGGACAAUCCAUGUUCUGAAAGUGUAAGAUCAGCUGAUGGAAAUAGAUUUCCAAAUAAUUAUUUUUACAUUAUUUUUCUACUGGACAAGUUUGUAGUUCAUUAAAAAGUGCAAAAGAAGAACUCUCACAGCUAGAAGAAAAUGGAAUAUAAUGUUUAAUGCUGAUUUGUCUCCACUAAACUAAAUACUCAGGGUUGAAGUGUAUGGCUCUAUUUACAGAUGCAUUUUCUACAAGUGAACAAUAUGUGGAUACGUCCAAAUAAAAAAUUGCAUUUCUCUUGUGUUA